AAGAGUAGAUAGGAAUCUUGUGGGGUCACUGGAAAACGAACUGUUAUUCAAAGUUUGUUUAUCUUUCACUGUCUUUGUCCUUGAUUAUCGUUUCAAUUUUUGUUGGGCACCGCAUCUUUAUUUGAUUGAUCCCAAUUAUUAACGAAGCUUGCUGGCUGGCUUUGCUGACUAUUUGGGUUUGUCUGCUUUUAUCCUUUUUACUUAACACCAGAAAAUCAUGACACCUCGUUUUCUGUUUCUGGGUCACACUUUGAACAUUUUUUUCUUACUCCGAAGAAACCUUUCAGUUAACAUCCGUCCAAUUCUUGAUUUUGGAUUUGGGAAUCUUUUAUUUGCAACAUAAACUGAAUGGGUUUCUGAGGAAUAAUCAAACAAUUGAAUUUAUCUGAGAUGAAGAGUGGGAGCUUGGAUGUGGGAAAGAGAGUUGUGGUUGUUGCUGUGAAAGCUUCGAGAGAGAUUUCAAGAAGUGCUUUUAUUUGGGCAUUAACUCAUGUGGUUCAACCAGGGGAUUCUGUUAAGUUGCUGGUUCUCAUUCCUAAUCAUACCUCAAGUAUAAGGCUUUGGGGUUUACGUAGAUUUAACAGCGAUUGCACAGCUAGCAACUGGAGAUCACUGUCCGGAACGACUUUAGAUCAAAAGGAUUUCAUUUCAGAAUCGUGUACUCAAAUGUUGCUUCAACUUCAUGAUAUUUAUGAUCCAAAUAAAAUGAAGGUGAAGGUCAAAGUCAUUUCUGGAUCACAGUCUGGAGUAGUGGCUGCUGAAGCUAGGAGAGUUCAGACUCGAUGGGUGGUAUUGGAUAAGAGAAUGAAAAAAGAGGCUAGAAUCUGUAUGGAGCAACUGGAAUGCAAUAUUGUUCAGAUGAAAAACUCUCAACCAAAAGUGCUUCGUUUGAAUUUCCUUGGAUCCCCCAACACUGAAACUGAAGUCUCCCGUACGUCACAAGCAUCUUCGAAACAUUUAGGUGAAAAGUCUGAUGAUCACUGGAAUGAGAUUCGGGUGCCGAAUGUGACUCCAGCAAGUAGUCCAGAGCAUUCAUCAUUCACCACAACUGAUGCUGGGACAUCCUCAAUUUCCAGUCUAGACAUAGGGACUUCGCCUCUUUUCUUCUCUGAGGUCAAUUGGGAUAUGAAGAAGACCUUUUCACAUAAAUGCAAUCAUUAUUCAGAUGAAUCCGAUUCAGAUACAGAUAGUGAAAAACUGAGAUCACCUACAACAAGCAUAUGUUCCCAGCAAUGGAUGCAAGACAUUCUCGUUGCAGCAAAGGAUUUCUCACAUUACUUAAAGAGAGACUCACCAAGAUCCAAAGGCACACUGCUAAAGUUAAAGCAUGAUGUUUUCCCAGAGAAAUCAUUUGGACUUGAUCGAGAACCUAAAGUUUGUUUAAAGAAAGAAGGGCAUGAUGUGGAAAUAAACAGUAAUAUGAGAAAAAUGAUGUUAUUAAACAAAGAUUCUCCUGCUGAUGCUCCUCCACUUUGUUCAAUAUGUCAACACAAGGCACCUUUAUUUGGAAAACCACCUCGGUGGUUCACUUAUUCUGAGCUCGAACGUGCUACCAGUCGAUUUUCACAAGCUAACUUUUUAGCUGAGGGUGGGUAUGGUUCUGUACAUCGUGGACACUUACCAGAUGGCCAAGUUAUAGCAGUCAAGCAAUACAAAUCAGCUAGUUCGCAGGGAGACCUUGAAUUUUGCUCUGAAGUGGAGGUCCUGAGCUGUGCUCAACAUCGAAAUGUUGUGAUGCUUAUAGGCUUCUGUGUGGAAGAUGGAAGAAGGUUAAUAGUUUAUGAAUACAUCUGCAAUGGCUCUUUAGAUUCUCACCUUUAUGGACGUAAUGGACAUCCAUUAAAUUGGUCAGCACGUCAAAAGAUUGCUGUGGGAGCUGCUCGAGGACUGAGAUACCUGCAUGAGGAGUGCAGAGUAGGUUGUAUUGUUCAUCGUGACAUGCGGCCAAAUAAUAUCCUCCUAACUCAUGAUUUUGAGCCAUUGGUUGGAGACUUUGGGCUGGCGAGGUGGCAACCCGAAGGAGACUUAGGAGUUGAUACCAGAGUAAUUGGAACAUUUGGGUACUUGGCACCGGAAUAUGCUCAAAGUGGUCAAAUAACUGAAAAAGCUGAUGCAUACUCAUUUGGUAUAGUACUAUUGGAACUUGUCACUGGAAGAAAAGCUAUAGACAUUAACCGCCCAAAGGGCCAGCAGUCCCUCAGUGAAUGGGCACGUCCUCUGCUUCGAAAGAGUGCCAUCUCUGAACUCAUCGACCCAUGUCUAGUGAACUGCUGCUUGGAGCAGGAAGUUCGUGGCAUGCUACAUUGUGCUUCAUUAUGCAUUCGCCGGGACCCUAAUUCAAGGCCGAGGAUGUCUCAGGUACUUCGGAUGUUGGAAGGUGACGUGUUAGUGAGCUAGGUUUGUAGUGAACACAAUGCUCUGGAGUUGAUCUUCAAAAGAAGUCGAGUUUGAAAAAAACAAUCGAGCCAAAGCUAGAAAGGACAUUUCAGAAUAAUGCUCCACCUGUUCUGGACUGCAAGAAGAUGCCACAGGUAGAGAGGUCUCUUAUAUAUGAGACAAGGGGAACUUACAGAUAAAAAAACAAGGAUGCCAUGGCCAUUUUUAAUCCUCCCACCAUCAUAUAACAAUUUUUGUUGCACUUCAUGAUCCACAUGCAUUAUAGAUGCUGUAAAGCAGUGAUAAAAUGAAUGUGUUAUAUUUUUUUGUUCUUUUUUAUUCAUAGUAGAAUUAGGAGAAAACGUUGGAUAUAGGAAUGGCAGUGGAAGUGUAACUUGCCUUCAAUCUCUGUAAAUGCAAUGGCAUGGCUUGAUUUCACAGUUUAUUGAA